AUGGGGGUCGUGAUUGAUGUGAUCAAAGAGCAGGUUCUGGCAGCAGUGGGAGGGGAGCUGGCUGCACACAAGGAUGAGGUGGAUGAGCUGCAGCAGAAGCUGACCAUUUUGGAGGAGAGGUAUGAGGCGACUGCUACUGCUGUGGAGGAGAGGGAGAGAGACUUGGCAGCAGUGAAGGUGGAGUUGGGUGGAGGAGAGGGAGAGGGAGCUGGCAGCAGUGAAGGAGGAGCUGGCUGA